AUCGCAAAUUUUCGUUGACACAAAUUUCUGAAUUUACCUCCAUCCAAGAGAUCACCAACAACCGGCCAUUAUAACAACAACUACAAUUGCACCCCCCACCACCACCAUCAUCAUGUCUUCAUGCCCCUUCCACAUAAAAGAGCACGUAGUGCCAGGCCAACAUGUCAGAGAAUGGGCGCGCGCAACAUCGCACAGCCAAGACGAUGUGGUAAACCUGCACGUGAAGCAGUACAUCCCCAAAGAUAACCCCUCGCCCCAGCCCGGCGACGUGACCAUCAUUGGGGCGCACGCGAAUGGGUUUCCGAAGGAGCUGUACGAGGCGCUGUGGGAAGACCUGCACACGCGGUCAAAGGCAAACGGCUUCCGCAUCCGCGGCAUCUGGAUCGCCGACGUCUCGAACCAGGGGUGGAGCUUUCAGCUGAACGAGGACAAGCUGGGCAACGACCCGUCCUGGCACGAUCACUCGCGGGACCUGCUUCACUUGACCAACGUGUUCCGCGCCGAGAUGCCGCGGCCCAUCGUCGGCGUAGGGCACUCCUUCGGCGCCAAUAUCCUAACGCAUCUCUCGCUACUACACCCGCGUCUGCUGACGACUCUCGUCCUGCUAGACCCCACCAUCAUCGUCUUCGACCCGGCGAAGAACUCGGGCCCAGGAUCCUCGCCCGCUCGCGCCUCGACGUGGCGCCGCGAAGUUUGGCCGAGCCGACAGGCUGCCGUUGAGUCGUUCCAACGGUCGCCGUUCUACCGGUCCUGGGACCCGCGGGUAUUGAAAACUUGGAUUGAGAACUCCGUCCGGGAUUUGCCCACCCCCCUAUUUCCCGAGCUCCCUCCUGAUUCUUCCUCUUCCAAACCCAGUUCCGAUCUUCCCUCUAGCACCAAUACCCAUCCCGGCGUAACAUUGCGCACACCAAAGCAUCAAGAGGUCUUCACAUUUUUCCGGCCUCUAUGGCCUUAUAUCACCUCAGAAUCAUCGGAGUCUUCCCCACCACACAACGUCCUAAAAUCCGCCGUACCAGACUACGACCCCUCUGAAUCAUCAGCGCUAGCACCAGGGCCGACGCCCUACGCCUUCUACCGCUCCGAAGGCGGCAUCGUCCUCAAGGCUCUGCCAUCCGUUCGUCCCAGCGCGCUCUUCGUGCACGGCACUGCAAGCGAAAUCUCCAAGCCAGACAUCCGCGCCCUCCGCCUCUCCACCUGCGGCGUCGGCCCCGGCGGCAGCGGCGGCGCGAAGGCCGGGCGCGUGGCCGAGGUGGUCAUGGAAGACAAGGGCCACUUGUUCCCCAUGGAAUGCCCCGACGAGACGGCCGCGCACGCCGCGCGCUGGAUUGGGGCCGAGAUGACUCGGUGGCGCGAGGAGCAGGCCGAAUACGAGUCGUGGACGAAGCUGCCCACGCUCGAGAAGACAACGAUGAGCCAGGAGUUCAUGGACAGGGUUGGACGGCCAAAAAAGUCCAAACUAUGACAGCUAGAUUCCGUCCAUCUAUCUAAUUACCUUUUACACAACGAAUAGAUAUGGUAUUUUGAGAAUAAACAAGGAGACAAUGCAAUCUAGUUUAUAGGCGAGGUCAGGCUAAAGGGGGCGAGAAAGGUAAAAUCAACAAUCUUAGUCAUGUCAUUGCUAGAAUACCUUUCGACACCCUGUACUGCUCUAGAAUUACAACAACGUUUCAAUAUAUGUCUCACUUGUUGACUCGAGCAUUUUGAGUGAGAAGAACAUAUUUACAAGACAUA